AUGACUAGAAUCAACGAAAACCCCUCCCACUUUUUCCCAUGUUUACAUGUCAAUCCGAAGAUUGACCCCCAAAAAUGCUUGGAUGAGUUUCUUCAGCAGAAUACCACUGUUCAAUUUGUUCGGCUACAAUGGCAAGAUUACUCUGGUCUUCUUCGAGCACGAAUUGUGGUCCUUUCGCAUUUCCGCAGCUUGAUAGCCGCUGAAAAGCCUCUUCACGUACCACCCAUUGGCUUCCAUUGCAUCGUGGAUAAUAAUCUUGUUCCUUGGCUUGACCCGACUGGCGCUCACCUUCUUUUACCGGACUAUACCAGUCUACGCCUUCUGCCUGGCCGCCCACGGUAUGCGGUGCUAAUGUGUGGCGUCGUGGAAACGCGGCCAAGCAGCCCGCAGCAAAACUGGGAUUUAUGCCCACGCCAUGCUCUGGCAAAUGUUGUGCAUGCUGCUAUGAGUCUGUUUGACGUCGAGUUCCUGGUGGGAUUUGAGGUCGAAUUUGAAAUCUUGCAUCGCUCCUCAUCCUCCGAGGAGCAAGUGCCAACCAUCAUUCCCUUUAGUACGGGCCUUGGUCGCUAUGCCGUAGAUGGCCUGCGCGAUCCCGGAUUUCCCCUGGUUGAAGAUGCGGUGCAAACCUUGAUUGGACACGGAGUUGGUGUUCAGACCAUUCAAACAGAAGGACGCCGUGGUCAGUACGAAAUUUCCCUCGGUCCUCGGUCACCUCUUGAUGCUGUUGAUGAGCUGGUUCUGGUCCAUGAUACUCUGAAGGAAAGUUUUGCCCGACGUGGAUAUGUUGUCACUAUGGCGCCCAGGCCAAUUGCCAGUCGCAGACAAGCUAUCGGUCAGCACACUCACAUAUCGAUACGUUCCACAAAGGACACGGCAAUAGAGGAGCGGUCCUUCCUAGCUGGUAUUCUGGCUAGGUUGCCGAUGCUUUGUGCUGUUUGUUUGCCAUAUGGGCUCUCCUACGAGCGAGUGAAACCUUACCUUGGUGGAAACCAGGUGGCCUGGGGCACAGAAAACCGUGAGAUGCCUAUCCGCCAGAUCAGACCAGGUCACUGGGAGCUGCGCUGUGUGGAUGCAACUGCCAACAUGUAUUUGGCGCUGGCAACGGUGUUGAGCGCUGGACUCUUAGGUAUCAGUAGGAAAGAGCCUUUGCGUUGGCCAGACACUGCACUUCACUUGAAGGAGCCAUGCCAGAAUGAUGUGCGUGGGUCGAAUGGUGUUAACGGGUCGAAUGGUGCAAUUCAGAAGCCGGCCAUGUCCUCGCAAGAGCUGCUUCCCGAAAACUUAGAGGCCUCACUGGAUGCGCUAGAACAUGGGGGUGGAUUGGAGGACUUGACAAGCAUGAUUGGAAGCGGCAUUCUUCACCAAUACCUAUCCGUGAAGAGAUUCGAAUCGCUCAAGCUCGAGCAGAUGGAGCCACCAAUGGUGAGGGAUCUACUGACAGAGUUGUUCUGA